AUGGGUUCAACAAAUGUGUCACAGAUUGUUGAUGAUAUUUGUGCGAAGUUUGAUGGAUUGAUACCAGGUGCGGUGUGUUUGGUGUUCGAUGUUCCCGGGUACAAGAAGUUUAAGGUGGAUAGUGACGAAGAUAUUCAAAACAUGUUGUGCCUUGCUAAGUCGUUUGGAAUAAAUCACAUUAAGGUCCUCAUUCAGGAAAGUAGUGUUGGUGUGGGGGGUAAUUGUGGUGUGGUGGAUUCCACGGAGGAUGGGGUAAUUUUCCGAGAUGCUAGUCGGAAUGGUUGUGUGGAUGACCAAAUGGACUUAUUACCAACAUACUGUCCGAACAGAUCGAAGACGUUUUUGUCGGUACAAUGGGCGUAUGGGAUUACCCAUGUGGGACAACGUUUUGACGGUGGAGCAACUGAAUUCCGUGAAGUUCUAUUAGUGUGCAAGUUUGCGGUGUCAACAGAUUGUUUGUGGUCAGUUCAUGCGAGGAUGUUACCGUCAACUGGGGUGUUAUGUAUUAAGAGGUUCGAUAGUGUGCAUACUUGCGGGGUUGCUGUACGUACUUGUAGGAACCCUCGUACUUGUUCUGAUUUGGUGUCUGUUGUUGUUGCGGAUCGAGUGCGCGAUCAGCCAUUGACGCGUCCUACCGAUGUUGUGUUUGACUUGAAAAAUGAGUAUGGUUUGGACAUUAGUUACCGGGUGGCAUGGUUUGGUGUUGAGAAAGCGAGAGGUGAAGUGUACGGGGAUCACGCUACGUCCUUCGAUCAACUCAGGUGGUAUAGCAAUGCCGUUAUGCAAAAAAACCCAAACAGUUACAUCAACUUUGAGUUUGACCAAAAAAUUGGGAGGUUUGUUAGGUAUUUUAUAUCAUUCCGCGCUUGUAUAGAUGGGUUCAAUCAUUGUCGACCUUUGUUGUUUUUGGAUGGAACGUUUUUGAAAGGUAGGUUCAAAGGCAAUUUGCUUGCGGUUACUGCUAAAGAAGCCAAUCAAGGAUUGUUUCCGGUCCUUUGCUAUUGUUGA